CGUGUGCCAUCGCCAACGCUGAAAAUCCGUGCCAUUUUGGUAAUUUACAUGACAAAAGCCCUCUGACAAACGAUCUGUGAACCAUUCAUGAGCUCAGUGGUCUUGAAAGGAAGGAUUGACCCUCGUUUUUCACUGCUGUAAUCAGCUCAUUUGAACCGCUAGCGGUGUGGCUGCACGGUUGUAUAUUUUGUAGCCGUCGGAGGCUCCAGUGUAAGCGAUUUUCCCUUUGACAUUUACUGGAUGAACGAUCUGAAGACAAUUUCUUAAUUGAUGUAACUUGUCUUAGCCCACCCAACGGACGCAACAUGGGGAAGAGCGAUCAAGUCAUCGAAUACCCGACCAGAAGUAGUACAGUGGAACUGGUCGAGCCAGAAGAAAGCGAAAGCGGAGAUGAGAAUGAAGAGCGAGGCAAUUGGGGCAACAAGUUUGAGUUCCUACUGUCCUGCACGGGAUACGCCGUCGGUCUGGGGAACGUGUGGCGGUUCCCUUACCUGUGCUAUCGCAAUGGAGGAGGUGCUUUCUUGAUCCCUUAUAUCAUCAUGUUGGCCUUCGCCGGCCUGCCUCUGUUCUUCCUUGAAGUCAGUUUUGGCCAGUACUGCAGUCUAGGGCCCAUCUCUUGCUGGAGGGCGGUCCCAAUGUUCAGAGGGGUCGGUUACGGCAUGAUGAUAGUCUCAGCCUAUGUAGGCAUUUACUACAACGUGAUUAUCAUGUACACGCUGUACUACAUGUUUGCCUCCUUCACGUCCGUUCUACCCUGGGUGGGGUGCGGCCAGACUUGGAAUACAGGACUCUGCGCCGAUAUCGUCAAAGACUGUCUAGAUAACAAAGGAAUUAUCACUUUCAAUAACACAUGUGUGCGGUUAAGUAACUUAACGUUGGCCGAGCGAGAGAUGUACAACGUCACCGGUAACUACGGCGGCUAUAAUCUGUCGUUAUACACAGACCCGUUCCGGAAGAUGAGAAGACCAGCUUCCGAGGAGUACUGGAAGUUCCAGGUCCUGAAGGAGGCCGAUUCCAUCGGGGAGCCCGGAGAGGUCCAGUGGCAGCUGGCUCUCUGCCUUCUACUGGCCUGGAUCAUCAUCUUCCUGUGUCUCUUCAAAGGCGUCAAGUCGUCUGGCAAGGUGGUGUAUUUCACAGCGACGUUUCCCUAUCUUGUUCUGGUCAUCUUGUUGGUACGCGGAGUGACGCUCCCGGGAUAUUUUGACGGUGUUCUGUUCUUCAUCACUCCCAGAUGGGAGACAUUAGCAAAUCCACAGGUAUGGUUAGAUGCAGCAGUGCAGAUCUUCUACUCCUUGAGUGCGGCGUGGGGAGGUCUCAUCACACUAUCCUCCUACAAUAAGUUCCACAACAACUGCUACUUCGACGCCGUCUUGGUAGCCACCCUCAACUGCUGCACCAGCGUCUUUGCCGGCUUUGUCAUCUUCUCCAUCAUGGGCUUCAUGGCUAACGAGCUGGGUCGAGGAGUCGGGGAGGUCGUUGAUGAAGGUUUCGGUCUGGCCUUCAUUGCCUACCCUGAGGCAGUGGCUCGUCUGCCCAUCUCACCUCUCUGGGCCAUCCUCUUCUUCGUCAUGUUGCUGACUCUCGGUCUGGACAGUCAGUUUACCAUCAUGGAGACCGUGGUUACUGCCAUUGUGGAUGAGUUCCCUCAUAUCCGCAAGAAGAAGACGUACAUCAUGCUCCUAGCCUGUGGGAUCGGGUACCUACUCGGCUUCACUUGCAUCACCAGGGCCGGGCCGUACUGGGUGGAAUUAAUGGACAGCUAUGGUGCCAGUUUCUCACUGCUUAUCUACGGUCUCUCCGAGUGCGUCGCCAUCAGCUGGCUCUAUGGCGUCAAACGUUUCAAGAACGACAUCCGGACCAUGAUCGGCGACAGCUACGUGGACUUCCCGACUUUCUUCUGGUGGCCGCUGAACUGGUGCGCAAUCACUCCGGCACUGCUCAGUUUUGUCUUGCUGUUCAAUUGGAUGAACUGGACGUCUCCGGAGUACAACGGACCCUACCCUACCUGGGCCCACGCCAUCGGCUGGAUGAUGAUCCUCAGCUCCCUCGUCUGGAUUCCUAUCAUCAUGAUCUAUGAGUUCAUCGUAACUCCAGGAACGUUAUUCGAGCGCUGGACGAUCAUGUCCAAUCCGCGUGAAACCUGGGGCCCAGCACUCGGCAAGUUCCGUCUGGAGGCCCAUGAAGUCCACACGAGUCACGGCACGACGUUCGGCGGUCGCCUGGCCAACCAAACCGCUGAUCUGAACGGGCGCAAGAAUGACGGCGGAGUGAAACCUCCAGCUGUCAUCUUCACUGCUGGCAUGGACAAUGAUGGAUACACUAACCCAAUAUAGGUAGAAUUACCUUAUCGGUGGGUCUAAAUCUCUUCUUGAAUGUCUAAUUCUCAAACUGAUCACCUGAAAAUAUUGGACUAAGAAUUUCUUAGAUUGGCUCAAGGGGUACUUGAGUGGGCCCCUACCUGACCUCUGAUAUCAGGAACUGGUUCCAGAUUGUGGAAUCGAGUACCGGUAAUCGACUUUACAAAUUACUUAGUAACAUCUCAGACAAUGAACAAGAAAGGUUUGGAAUUCCAUUUUGGGGGAAUUUUCCAAAUAAAAAACCAGGCUAGAUGGAAAACCAAAACAGAUUUCACGUUUAUGACGCUCAGGAAAGUUGUAUUACACUGUAAAGCUAUAAAGCUCCUCAGACAAUUUUCGGGAUUUGAAUACUGAGAUUGGGUUUCUUUUACGGAUACCCGGGUAUCCGUGCUUUACUUCGAACGGAUACCCGGUUACCAUACUACCCGUAAAUGCACACCACUAACCUCAUCAAUGUGUAAAUGACGUCUUCCACAAUACAACAUUCCUUUCAUUGAAUUUUUUGAAGUAGCAACGAGUCUUAAGGCCGGUUAAUUAGUACUUCAUGUAAAAUUGGUAAGCAAUGCCACGUAAAAUUCGUUGUGAAUUUCGCAAGUGUUUAGAUGCAUUCAAGUUUUGCGAGUUCAUAGCGUAAAAAACCUUGAUGUCACAAAUUUGCAUUCGUGUUGGCUUCACACCGAGUAUGAAUUGUUUAGUUUUGUCAUUUUGGAAGCUUUUUAAAAUCCUCAAUUUUUUUCGGCUGCAAAUAACAUAUUGGCACAUGUCAGGCGUCGUUCAGCAUUUGAACACAAACGAUGCCACGCAAAAAAAUUAGCUAAAUGUAGCUGGCAGUUGGGCUGAAUUUUAUAUUAAAAUAAGACUGAUUAAUAAUUCGCAUCGUCUUCCAAGCAUUGACCACAAAAUAUUGUUUUCAAGGUUGCAAUAUCAUCAGAAGAAUUAACUUUAAGCGUCAGACUCAUACAACUGAAUCAUUAGCAUUGUGCAAGAUAGUGAAAUUGCAACAGAAACUUUAGACUGUAGUCUUUCAACGAUAUUAUUUAUGAUAAUCUAUAAAUUAUACAAAAAAAACGAAUUGGUUAACCCUAAAAUGGAGGCCAAAAUGAGGCUGAAAUUGAUUUUACUUAGACAACUGGAUUCAAAUACAGUAACUUUGACUUCAACAAAUUCAGAAACUAACAGUGAAAAUAGCUAACCAUCUCAAAUUUGAAACUCACUUUAGUUGAGCACUGAUGAACUUAAAACCCCGAAAAUGAGCAAAAUUACAAAUAAUUCAACAACUGCAGACACGCAAAACGUAGUCUAAAAGGACAAUCUUGUUGUUUUGUUCGUCUUUUAAAUACCUAAAACCAUUUUUUGUCAGUAGGUAAGUGUACAUUUUUAAUUCACACAAUCUAAAGAUAUUGCGUCAGGGACUUCAUUUGAAAGAUUUUUUCAUUUGAAAAUUAAUUUGCUUUUUUUUUUGUAAAUGAAGAUUGAUUCACUUGAGUAUUCAUCUUGUUUUAUUGGCUGAAUGGAUUU